AUGACUUUGAAACCCUUUACCUACCCGUUUCCAGAGACAAGGUUUUUUCAUGCAGGAUCCAAUGUGUAUAAAUUCAAAAUCAGAUAUGGCAACAGUAUCAGAGGGGAAGAAAUAGAAAAGAAGGAAGUCAUCAUCCAGGAGCUGGAGGUAGGGAAAGAAAAGAAAGCAGCAGAAGCUACAAUGAGGAAACGAAAACUAUCAGAGGAGCCCGGUUCCCCCAGCAGGCCAGAGCCGCACAGGGCCAAGAUGGAGACUUCCAGCCAAGGCCUGAACAAAAAGAAGCCCCCAGUGGAAUCCAGGAGGAACAGGGAAAGAGAAACCCAGCAGGAAUGGCAGGAGACCCCAGCCUUUGAUAUCCCUGACAUCCAGGAACAAGAUUCUAAGUGGGGAUAUGGCCUGCCAGAGCCAAGUGUCCUGUCAGUGCUGCAGAACACCCCUCCUCCACCAAAAAAGCAAGGAACUAGUGGCUUCUUUGGGUUUUUGAGCACUCUCUUCCCCUUCCGGUAUUUCUUCAAGAAGAGCAACCAGUGAGUCUUCUCGAUGCCCCACA